AUGCAUAAUAAAGACUGUAAAAUGAAUCAAUCAAGAUAUCAAGAUAGUGAAGAAUACGAUCCAAAUUUGAAUUUGGAUGCAAAAAACUAUUAUAGGGUAGAUGAGAUGUCUAUAUAUGAAAGCUAUCAAGCAUUUCUUGGUCAAGCUUAUGGUAAUGAAGAUGCUAGUUAUUAUAAUGAAUUUGAUUACUAUUUAAACAAGGUUGAGGAAAAAAAGUAUAAAUAUGGUGGUGAUUUUACAAAAAAAUUAAGCGCCCUAGCUGAUUUGUGUGAUGAUGAAUUAUUAUUUGCAGGUGUGAAGUAUGAUGACUCAAAGAACUUAACUCAUAAAAUUUUACUUUUUGAUGAAUAUCAAAAAAUGGUACCUAACCAUGAUCUAAAAAAUCCAUUUGUUGAUACUAUACAGCAUUAUGAUAAUACAGAGUAUGUUUCUUCUAUAAAAGAAGAUGUUAAAGAGAGUGAAUGUAAUGAAGAAGAAGAUGAAGGUGAAACAAUGAGUGAUAGCGAUAGCACAGAUACUAUUUGGGGUAAAAAAUCAAAAAAGAAAUUAAAGAAAAAAUCAAAAGCAACCAAUAAAAAAAGAGGUAGAAAGAGUAAUUCUAAGAGUUCACAAGAGACAACAAAUUCACAAUUGAAAAGAGGUGUGGUGCAAAGAAGAAGACAAGCGAUUGACAAAUCUAGUUUCCGAGUUUGGAGCUAA